UCAACAGGAGAGUAGAAUGAAAUACUACACAGUUGUGUAUCAUUAUGUGUAACUGUGUUUGUGGAAUGUUUACAUGUUUCUGAUGUUUCUUCAGUAUUAAAGAUAAAAUAGAUAUCUACAUUCUAGUCCAGGUCUCCUGCCGGACGACGAGAAUAACAGCGGUCAGGGUAUGAACCAGGGACCAUCGAGACCAUUCGAAAGAGAUUCCAGUGUUUUGAUUAUAUCACACGGCCAGGCUGCCAUAUGAUAUAUUAAUAUUGUCCAGGAGUUCAUUUGAAUGUGGUGAUAUCUGAGUCACCGUCACAACUGGGACAUUUACCUAUAGACCUAGACCUAUUCUAGAUCAUUACACACGUUGACACAAUGUUGGUUGCACUAGAUUUGAAUUGACUUUUGUUCCUGCUAACAAUUUGUAAUAAUGGGUCUCGGACAAGCAAAAUUCGAUUAUGGUACUCACGAGACGGCUGUGUUCAAAUCCGAUGACGUUGCUGAGGCAGAGAUUCAAAACAACGAGUGCCAGAAAAAUCACUCCAACUACUUGGAGGUCAAAGGUCUUACUCUUGAUUCUUUACCUCAAGGCUACCAAGAACCAGACUUGUUAGAGCUGGUCAAGUCGUUGGCGUCGUUAACAGUUCGAAUCUCAGUCAUGUACAGCAGUCUAGAAAGAAGAAAGUUUUGGCAGGGGACAGAAGCCAGCUACCCGGGCUAUAUUUGUCGUGGGAGUGACACGUGCCUGACCGGAAGUGGUCGAAUCUGUGACGUAUAUGAAGAUACAAAAUAUGAGCUCACGUGUCCGUGCUCAGAUUGUAAGGAACCAAUGUCUGGUUCUGAAAGGCGAGCUGUCUGGCACAUCUGGGUCUACAGCGCCACUCACGUGGUAUACAACUCAGUCGAAGCGGAGAAGUCAGUCUUUAAAUUAUUUUACGACACGAGUGAAGGGAAAAGAAAAACUUUCUACGGGGUCAAAGUGCUUUGGUCGAAUAUUACAGGUGACCUCUGCCUGUUAUCUUGUGUCACAUGUGACAAAGAGCUGGCGGAUGAGCUUGACCAAUCAUUAAAAGGACUCAUAUCAAUCUGGAAGCGGAUCAGAGAAAACUACAAACGAGAUAAAACAUUAGAAGAUGAUGCUAGGAAAUAUAAAGACCGGAUUGUAGUGAUAGUGUCCCACCCCCACGGAGGACCUAAAAAAGUUUCCUUUGGUCAAUUGCAUAGUAAAGAAAGGAAAAAAAUCGGAAGCGAUAACGGCUGGCAUAUUAACUAUCUGGCCAAUACGUGUUCUGGAAGCAGUGGUGCCCCAGUGUAUCUGUACGGAAUGGAUUGGUUCAAGUCUGAGUAUGUUCACAGUGGUUCUAAUUCUGAUGUGAACUAUAGCACGACUUGGAGUCCUGAAGAGAAAUAAGCGACCUUUUAAAACGUAGAUCAACUUUUGUUUUCCUCAGAAAAAACAACAAAGACAAUACUGUAAUAUAGACAUAACAAGUCAUAUAGCCUAAAGACAUUAUAGUGUUAGGGCAAAGUAAUUGUAAAUAUAUACCAUUUACAACAUAUUUUUAUUCAAUAAUAUACAUUUUUACCAUCUGAGCUGUGAAUGGACCUUGUUUUUUUAUGACUUUAUAAAAUUUAGCUCUAGCUAUGAAGGGGGAAUAACCCUUGAUGGAUUAUUGUGCCGAUGUGCCUAAAACCCAAAACAUCAAAUAUCAUUUUUGUCUAGUAUAUGUAGUUUUAAUUAAAAAACUAUGAAAAUUAUGAAUUAUUAUUGAAAUACAAAUACGUUCAAUGUCUCUUAAGAUUUAUGAACGUUCAAUGCACGCUGAAGAGGAGAAUGAACUGUAAGGUGGUUAUCCUACACAAUAGUUCUAGAAAUAACUAUACAUAUACUUAAUAAAACCACAACACUUGGGAAUAUAUAUAUAUAUAAGAAUUUUUUUUAUGUUACCUAAAAGCAUUGAGGGAAAAAAGAUUUCAAAAAAAUAUUUUUUAAGCUAGCCUGCAAGAGGUAAAAACACAAAUAUAUAGGUCUAGACCCACAAAUAGCAUCUUUUCUAAAUGAAUCAAAAAGAAAAUGACCGCAAAUAUUUUACUUGAAUCCUCAUAACGUAAUUAGUUAAUUUUCAUUUCUUCAAACAGUAACUUCUGACAUUGCAAUGAAAUGUUUUGCAGCGCAGCUCGAGUUUACGAACGAAAUUUCAACUCAAAAGGAAAAAAAAAACAAGGUUACAAAGACAGUUUGUGUGGAAACACAAACUCAAAAUCGGCCCCCGAAGUGGACCACCCAGGCAGGCUUCAUUAUUGUCAGAAAGAACAUCCGAAUGAAAUUAUAUCAAAGACUAAUGACAGAUAUGAAUGAAGAAAGAAGGUUGACAGAUCUUGUGUUGUGCCCCAGCGGUCCAGCAGAUCAAAGGAUAUGUGAUGUCUAACUUAUAAUGCAUACUAAAUAGAUUUUUUUCUCUUUAAAAAAAUAGUAAACAUUUGUUCAUGUGUAAAUAUAGUACUUAGUAUAACAGAACUUACAUAUCUUAACAAUACGAAUAUAAAAACAAAAAUUUUUGACAAAAAAUCUACAAACUUUUGCAUAAAUGUGUUACAAAUAUGGUAAACGGUUAUAUCUCCUAAUAAAUAGCCUCAAUUGUUAGAGUGUUUAAUAGUUAAUUGUUGUAAAAGUGGUGUAUUUUUAUGAAAAAAAAUUCUUGCAUAAGUGAUUUAAAAAAUUAGAUUUUUCGCUUUCAGAAAAGAAAAAAAGUAGCCGUUGUGUCAGAACUUUGAAUGGACUAAAAUAUUGUGAUGUCGGAUUUUCACUAUCUUUUCUAGUUUACGAGCUCUAAACGGGACGGACGAACAGACGGACAAACAUUUCACACAAAACUAAUAGCGUCUUUUCCCCUUUCGGGGGCCGCUUAAAACAGAAAAGAAAUGACGCAAAUGUCUGGGUUUUUUGUUUUUACUAUGUUAAUUAUGACAAAUGUGUGAGUCAAUGAUAGGAACUUGUAUAGGUGGAUGGGACAUUCAAAGAGGAUAUGGUUUACGGUUUCAUAAGGAUGGCUCAGUGUCUACAAAGCGGGAGUUGUGUCGAGUUUAUUUUGUUCAGAUGGUUAUUUAACAGAGGUGUGUGUCCUGUUUUUAGUUGGAAUAUUGUAGAUUGUUCUUUGCGAGGGAGGAAGAUAGUCCUAAAGUUGCAAGUACAUAGUCAUAAAUUAGUAUGUAUAUUAUACAACAUUGUCAAUUCCAUAUUGUAUUUAUUGUAUCUCAGACAGACAACAUGCUACACUACUUUCAAGAAGAAGACCUACCUGUUUAAAAUGUUUUUUUAGAAUAGUUUGUCAUUUGAGCUCUCUGUGUUUGUAAUGUUAUUACAGCGCCUUGAGCCUACAUUUUGUUUGUUAACAGCACUUUAUAAACUAUUAUUAUUGUAUUAAUAAUGUUCUUUUGUAUUCCUGUGGAUUUUCUGAGGGUUUAAGUAACAUUCCAAAAGGCUAGAAAAAAGAAUAUUUAGCCCAUUUCCCAAAAUUUGUUGCACCAAUAUCCAUUGUUGCUUUGUUUUUUUAAAAUAAUAUUUAACAUAAGAAUAACUGAAGUAAUGAGCGUCUGUUAUUUCGAUUGAUACACAAGAUUGAUAUAAAUAAAUGUUAAUAUUAUGUUGAGAUAGUGUUAUAUGAACUGUGCGUUUAGAUGGUAUUUAAUAAAACAGUA